UUUUUGGCCUGAAACGGCUUCCUUACUCAGCGUGUGUUUCAAUGACAUUCAUGCUUUGGUAAGACAGUUCAGGUGUUCGCGUUUUAAAAAUGUCGUUAACCUUUUUAUUCCGGACAAUUACUAGAGAUGUUGCGAAGGUAAGCCCAUUAAACUUUUAGUUAGUUGUGUUAUUUCAGCGAGUUUUCCUGCUUAUCUGAAUAUAUAAACCCUUAAUUUAAGAUUUAGCUGACGUCGUGGUACUUCUAAUGAGUAAUAAGCCAGAGCCAGAGUAUAUCCAGUCCAGAGUUACUGCCCACAGUGUUUGUAACAUCUUGUCUCUCAUCUCGUCCUCCUCAGGUCAGUUUCUGCCAGCAUGUUCAGUCCUUACACACAGGUUGUCAUCUCCUGGCAGCUGAGAAAGCUCUCUUGAUGACACUCAGAAAAUCCACCGGCUACACCUUCACAAACUGCAAAAAAGCUCUGGAAAAGUUUGAUAAUGACAUGAAACAGGUGAGCUCUUUCUGAACUAUGUGUUUGACUACUACACCCACAAACUGUGUUUCUGUACCACUAAUGAUUAUUUUUUUACUUCCAGGCAGAGGCAUGGCUUCAUGAGCAGGCCCAGAAAGAAGGCUGGAACAAGGCAAACAAACUAGAGGGGCGUAAAGCCAAAGAGGGUCUGAUCGGACUCUACAUCGGAGAUAAAGCCGCUGUGAUGGUGGAGGUGAGGCCAGAGGGACAGGGAUCAGUGACUACGAUCAUUGUUUCACUUGGUUAAAGAAGUUUGUCAGACAUGUUCAGUGUGUGUCAGGAUGUGUUGUCUUUCUCUGUUUGAUGCAGGUUAACUGUGAGACAGACUUUGUUGCCCGUAAUGAGAAGUUUCAACAACUGGUGAAGGAUGUCACAUUUACCACCUUGGCUCAUCACCAGAACAAAAACCGAAGUAAAGCAGGAUAUGUGAAGGUAAGGCCACACAGUGAAGGCAGGAGCUUUUUUUCUGUGUUUCCUGCAAAGUGUGUUUGAAAUUCAGAAGAAUUUAUCUCAUUUUUUGGCAUCAUUUUUUGUCAAUAACUGUAAAACAACACCUGGACUUUUCUUUUUAUGACAUUUAUUACAUUUUAUAAAAUUCAAGUACCUGCUUUGAAAUAGAUUAAUAUAUAAUUAACACUACUGCACUCAUAGAAUGUACAUUGUAGGGGAAUUUCAGUUUCAGGUAAAUAAAGCUUCAACAUGAGAUCCUAAUCACUCAGCAUCUUAGCUUUCAUUUCAACGUAAAGCAUCUCUUUGGUGGAGGAAUCAUGAACACAAUCUUUAUUUUCACUCUCUUAAGGGCUAAAUAAACUUUGAAGUUCAGGUGUUUGUAAAAAUGUUUAUCUUUAUAGAGAAAAUCAACUUGGUUGACAGAGACUGUACAGUAAUUAGGGCGACGGGGCAAAUGCAUCUAUACAAUAACGCCUCAGGUGAAGCCUUAAGGCACUAUUGUUAUACUGUGGGACUCUUCCUCCUCCAGAAAAAUUUGAUCUGCUACUAGUCCUACUGCCUGAAGAGUUGUCGGACAGGUUAUAUAUCAAAACAUGUGGUUUGAUCAGGAUCAGUGUGCUAUUACUUUUCUAUAUUGAAUUUGACUUUAAAAUCUGCUGAAAAUUUUUCCGCUGGAGUCAAUGGGAGAAGCCAAAAAGAAGUUUUUGAAACAUCUACUGCUUUUGUCGUCUAAAUUAAUAUUAAAAAAAGGAAUGUUUGGUGUAGGUGUGCUGCUUGUUUAUGAUUUCACAAUACCACUAGUAUUAAUUAUUGAAAUCUCAGAAGAAUCUCAUCAUAAUGAACAUACCCCAGCAGUAACCCCUGUGGCCAUUUCAAAAUUUCCCAGAGGGAAUUUUCUAGUUAACCCUCCAAUUUUUCUUUAUAUUAUUGAACAGCAACAACAUAAAACCAUUUUUGCAAGCAGGUUUCAAAACUGCAAUUCAUUUUUGGCAUUUGUAAAGUGCAAAUGGGAACUGAAUUAAACUUGACUGAAAGAAUGUGUAUGGUCAGUUCUAUUAAAUUUGUUUUGCUUUAUUUCAGAGCAUCCUGUCAGGUGAUGAGGUUUGCAAACUCAGCACGGAUGAUGGAGCUUCACUUGCUGACUGCGUGGCUCUAACAAUAGGUCAGUUUUUCCCUGAAGGGUCAUAACUUUUUUUUUUUAAAAGACUGCUGUUUACCUGACACCUUCCAUGUGCUAAUUUUAUGAAGUUUUCCACAACCUGUGAGAUGUGUCUGAAUUUACUUUGAUGUUGUUUUAAAUUUUUUUUUUCAAGACAUAUCACAGCACGAACCUGUAGUUCUGGAAAAGAAAAAACACUGCCAAUUUGACAAGUGCAGACAUGCUUGUGCAUGUUUCAGCAUUAUUGUUAAAGGCUUUGAACCAUUAUCUCAUAACUACAUUUUCUUUCUUUGUUUCUUUUUCCCAGAUAUCUAUAUUUCAUUUAUGAAUGUGUUAUAGUGCAAAACUGAGAGUCUUUUUAACUGCAUAUCAUGUUAAUAUUGUGCGUUGACACUCACGCAAGCUUCUUACAUAUAAACGUGUGAUUUACUGCGUGCUGACGCAGUAAGUCGCUGAAGACCUGACUUAAGAACAGUGUGAAUAGAGUGCUAAAAUGAAAAACCAUAACACCAAAAUUAAUUCCACUCUUCCUUUAAAAUGAAGCAUGUUAUAUAAUUACUUUUUACCAUUUAGUAAUAAAACAUGUGCCCUUCUUUAUUCUCAGGUCGUCUUGGUGAGAACAUGUCAGUAAAGCGGGCGGUAACCCUGAGUGUCCCUGCUGAGUGGAAUGUUAGCUCAUACGUUCAUGGCGGUGUAAGUGGGCAGACUGAUGUGGCCAUGGGUCGUUAUGGCGCUCUGGUUGUAUUUCAGGGAGGAAAGGAUGGAGAGCAGCAUACUCUUGGUCGUAAACUUGGGCAGCACAUAGUAGGUGAAGCUCCUUUGACCUUGGGAAACAUGGACGACCUGCCCUGUGGAGAAAGUGAAACCCGUUUGCUGCCUCAAACCUUCUUAGGAGACCCAAGCAGGACAGUGGCAGAGUUCCUCAGGGGACAACAGGCUCGAGUGUUGGACUUUGUCCGGUUUCAGCGUGGCGAGAUAACUGAAGAUGCAAAAUAAUGAAUUCAGAGGGAUUUAUCAUGAAUUUCCAUGUCAUAUUGAGACAAAGUGCAACCACUAACAUAUUCCUAAACAGUCAAAAUGUGGCAGUAUGAGUUUAAAGCUGAAUAUAUAGACACACCUGCACAGGUACCAAAUGAAAUUAUGAAUCUAACAAUAAAAUGUUUUCUUUUUGAAAAAAAUAA